AUGAGUACCGAGAAAACAGAUACGGGAGGAAAUACGCUCGCUUCAUUAAAGUUACAACGCACAACAAUGAAAAGAAAUAUAUCACAACUGAAAGGGAAAACAGACAGAGAUGGUGACUCAUCUGAUUAUACUAUUUUGGAAUGUCGACUACAGAUUUUAGAAUCUUACUUCAAACAAAUAAGCCACAUUCAAACACAAAUAGAGAAGUUGUAUGAUUCUGAUAUGGCUCGAUCAGAUUUAGAAGAGCUGUUUAUUUCUGCCAAGGCACCAUUGGUAAGUCUUAUGAAUCAAAAACGUAGUUCUGGAGAUAUUGAACAAAGCUUUUUAAAUUCGUCUCAAUCAUUUGUAUCUCAUCAAAAUCGUUUGCCCCAAUUAAAAUUACCUAAAUUUGACGGAAAAUAUUCGGAGUUUUCUCGAUUUAUAAGCACAUUCAAAACGGUAUCGCAUCAUACCACUUUACACAACCCAAACUUCCAAACAAAAACUGAUUCAAAUAAUACUUCUUGUUCAUCGGACUCAAGUCAUUUGCCUUCGACUCAAAAUAAUGCUUCGUUUAAUUCAUCCAUUCAACAACCACAUUCCUCGUCUUUUCAACCAUCGUCUUCGUCAUCGCACCAAUUAUUUGUUCCAACACCAACUAAUACAUCCUCAACUCAUUUAACAAAAACGUCAUUUGUCAUUCGAAGUCGUCAUAUAAAUCUGCUUCCGACAGCAAUUAUUUUUGUUAAAGAUUCAUUCGGUUGUCUACAACCUUUUCGAGCCUUAUUGGAUUCUUGUUCAGAAGUAAAUCUUAUCACCCAAGAAGCUGCAAAUCGUCUUCGUUUAAAACAAAGUAAAUCAACUCACGAAAUUUCUGGUGUUUCUGAUAUACGAACUCAUUUGAAAUACAUGAAGAAUUUAUAUUUAGAAAAACGACUUUACAAAGACGAUAAUUUACGACAGAUGUAUUUCGAUUUUAUGGACGAAUACAUUGAACUUGGUCAUAUGUCACCUGUAACAUUCAAUCGUUUAGAUUCCUCGCAUUAUGUAAUUCCUUAUCAUCCUGUUUUGCGCCCUCAAAGUACCACAACAAAACUGAGGGUGGUUUUUGACGCAUCUUGCCGCACAUCUUCUAACAUUUCUUUGAAUGAGGCUCUAAUGGUCGGCCCAACAAUUCAACAGGAGCUAAUAAUAACAAUUUUGUCGUUUCGUUUAAAUAAACUAGCCCUAUCAGCUGACAUCUGUAAAAUGUAUCGACAGUUUUUGAUGGACGAAAGAGACCGAAAUUUUCAGCUAAUUUUAUGGAGAAAAAACGUAAAUGAGCCAAUCACAUUAUAUCAAUUGAACACCGUAACAUAUGGCACUUCAGCUGCACCUUUCCUUGCGGUAAGAAGUUUGGUUUUCAUCGCUGAUUUUUACAAAAAUGAAUUUCCUAUUGGUUCUAAAACUCUUAAGCAAGAUGUUUACGUUGAUGACUUGCUCACGGGGGCAGAUAGCUUUUCUGAACUUUUAGCAAAAAAAUGUGAAGUUGUCGAAGUUUUACAAAAAGCCGGACUACAACUGUCAAAAUGGAAUUCAAAUUGCCCAAAUAUUGCUCCCUGCGACGGUGAACUACAAUUAAAAACAAAUGACGAACACAUUGCUAAGGCACUUGGGAUGUCAUGGAAGCCCAAGGACGACGUCUGUUGCUUUCGUUUUGAUUUAGCAGUUAUAGAAGUCCCAACAAAAAGAUCGGUUUUGUCAGCUGUAGCAAAAAUCUUUGAUGUUCUUGGUAUACUCAGUCCUAUUAUAAUUUCUUGCAAGAUUCUGAUUCAAGAAUUAUGGAAACAAAAGUUAGAAUGGGACGAACCACUUAACGAACGUUUCUCGAAUCGCUGGCGGAUAAUUGAACAGGAUUUUCCAAAUAUCAACAAAAUUGAAAUCCCUAGAUUUGCAGGUACAUCUCCAAAAACUCAAUUUGAUAUCCAUGGAUUUGCGGAUGCCUCUCAAUUGGCAUAUGGAUGCUGCAUCUAUGUGACUCAUAAAACUGAUUUAAAAUCAACUUUGCUCAUAGCAAAAUCAAAAGUUGCUCCAGUGGUUCACCAAUCCUUGCCGCGAUUAGAACUUUGCGCCGCUUUAUUGCUUAGUCGAACUUGGGACAAAAUCAAACAUAAGUUUGAUGCCUUUACAUAUAGAAUUUUCUUCUGGUCUGAUUCAAAAAUAGUUCUAAGCUGGCUUACUAAUCACUCGUCGUCAUAUAUUUGCUUUGUAGCUAAUAGAGUAUCAGAAAUACAAAACUUAACUCACAACAUUCCCUGGAUGCAUGUGCCUUCGAAACAAAACCCUGCAGAUGUGGUGUCGCGAGGCUGUCUUGCCAAUGAUUUAAAUAAUACAAUAUGGUUUAAUGGCCCUCAAUUCAUUUUGGAACCAGAUAUAAAUUGGCCCAAAGGUAAUAAUGAAGUUGUAGAACUUCCCCAACAAGAAAUAAGGAAAACUAUAUUUAAAACUACUAUCGUAACCGAAUCAAUCAUCGAUCAAUUAAUUUCUCGUCAUUCUUCGUAUCUUCGCAUUCUUCGUAUCGUCGCUUAUAUUCAUCGUGUCUUCGACAAAACACAUCGGAAUUUCUUUGUAACCGCUGAGGAACAACAAUCAUCGUUUUGGAGAAUCGUAUUUAACAUACAACAAUCAACAUUUAAGGAACAUAUUGAGCUACUCAACAAAGGAAAAAACUUACAACCCAGCUAUCAAAAGCUUGCUCCAUUUUUAGAUAAAAUUCAGUGCUGCAAUUCAACUUUAAUCAUCGUUCGCGUGGGUGGUCGGCUAGCAAAUGCACCGUUAUCAUACGACACCAAAUUUCCUGCCCUUUUACCAAAGGGUCAUCGUUUCACUAAAAUCUUCAUCGAGUAUCUCCAUCGCAAACAUCUACAUGCUGGUCCAAAGGCGCUUCUCGGAAUUCUUCGCCAACAAGUUUGGGUAAUCAACGCAAGAGAGCUUGUAAGAAAAGUUGUUCGAAAUUGCGUACAUUGCUUUAAGUAUAAUCCUCGUUUAUUACAACAACUCAUGGGCAAUCUUCCUGCUGAUCGUUUAAAGGCUCAACGUCCUUUUCUUGUCUCUGGCGUCGACUUUUGUGGUCCUUUCUAUACCUCUUAUCGUAUUAGAGGAAAACAGCCUUAUAAAACAUAUGUUGCCAUUUUUGUUUGCUUUACAUCUAAAGCCAUCCAUAUUGAAUUAGUAUCAGAUCUUUCUACUAAUACCUUUCUUUUAUGUCUUAAAAGAUUUAUAGGUCGUCGUGGCAUCCCCGAAAAGCUUUAUUGCGAUAAUGCAACAAAUUUUGUUGGCACCAAUACCAAGCUACAAGAGUUCAAACAACAUUUCUUUAAUGAGGCUAAUGUCAAGCAGAUCAUGCACUACAGCUCAGUUACUGGAUUCAGAUUUUUGUUCAUCCCUCCUCGUUCCCCCAUUUCGGUGGCCUGUGGGAAUCUGCUGUUAAGUCAACAAAAACUCUUCUCGUCAAAAACAUGUCUCGAGUCAACCUAA